GUGUGCUCUCGUAAAUGGACCUAUUUACAUUACUUCUUUUCGUAACCUGCGCCAAUGCGAGAUUAUUCUGUGAGAAAACAAAAGUGCCACUUGAAAUGGGUAAGUGGCAUAAUCAUUUACAACAUAUGGACUCUGCCGUGGUCGAAAAUAGUCCAGUUUCGAUAAAUGAAGGGCAGGUGUAUGUUUACGAAAACAAUUUUCCUGGUUUUAUCAUCAAUUACAUACACGUUGACAAUGUCGCCAUCAGAUCAUGUGGUGCAAGUGCCACAAUAACGAAAGGAGGUGUUGGAACAUCGUCAGUGCUAAUAGUACUACACGCUGACACCAAUGAAGAGAUACGCUCAGUUGUCGACAUAUGGGGCACAAAAACCUACGAAAAAACUACAAAAAGGAUAUUCUUAGAUGAAAAUGUUGGAAAUCUUAGAUCUUUAUACUUGUUCAAAGAAUUAAGAACUGUAAAUCAUAAUAGAGGUUAUUAA